AAGAAAUAGUAAAUAAUAAUAAAUUUCUUCAAUCCGGCCUUCAAAACUAUAUUGUUGUCAAUGCAAGUUUUGAAGGUCUGAAAUAAUGGGCAAUCCACUCAUCCUCCUCAUCAUCUCAAUCCUUUUCCUCUCAUCACAAACCAUCUCCUUAGCCAGUGAGAGUGAGGGAACCAAAUUUACCUAUAUUAGUGGAGCUGAGAAUGGCCCAGGGAAAUGGGGAAAACUUCACACAAAUUAUACAGUCUGCAAUGCUGGUAACAUGCAGUCUCCCAUUAAUAUUGAUGACUCCACUGUUAAGGUUACCUCCAAAUUUGGGGAGUUGAUUCGACGUUACAAAUCGUCUGAGGCUAUAAUCAUCAACAAAGGCCAUGCUCUUCAGAUCCAGUGGACAGGUGAUGCCGGAAAGAUUAUCAUUAACGGUACCGAUUACUUCAUGUUACAAUGCCACUGGCAUACUCCCUCUGAGAACACUGUGAACGGCAAAAAGGUUGAUAUGGAGAUUCAUCUGGUUCAUAGGAGUGCAAAAGAUGAAUUUGCUGCUGUCUCCAUCUUAUACAAAAUAGGAAAACCUGAUAUAAGUUCCUUGGACAAUUGCUGAACAGCAUCAGGCAAGUUGAUCGCAAUGGUAAAGCUUUAGGCGCCCUUAAUCCAGGAAAGAUCACAUAUGAGGGCAAGAAAUAUUACAGAUUCAUUGGUUCCCUCACUACCCCACCAUGCUCACAGGGUGUCAUCUGGACAGUAACCAAAGA